AUGCCAGCGUCAGUCGCCUCUCUCGACAGUGAAUCAGUCCUAUCAGAUAGCCGCUACGACUCGGACGAGGAGGAGCGCCUUGCCGAGGAGGAGUGGAGGGAAAGCUUGGGGCAACUGCAGCAAUUGUUAUCCAUUGUGCUGCUGCCUAUCAUUGGACGAUGGUUGGGCAGAAAAUGGAGCUAUUGGGCCUAUGCUCGCUACCUGAGACUCGGGCUAGGAAAGUCUUUCUUCUUGGGCGAGUGGCGUUGA